AUGACAGAAACUAAUGUUAACAACAAUAGUAGUAAUUACUUUUUAAAAUACAAAAAAGAAUUAUGGAAUAUAAACCAUUUCUUAGAUUAUAGAAUAACAUGCAAUGACUUUUCAUUUACGAAGAGUACUGAACAUCUUAUUUACAAAAAUGGAAUUAAAAAAUACUUACCAAGAGAAUCAAUCGAACAAUAUACAAAAGCUUUUGAUAGGGAUAUAAAAGAUGAUAGUUAUGAUAAUAAAUGGUUUGCGGUCGAGGCAUUCAAUAACAAAGAGAAAAAAAGACAAUAUGAAGAGAUGAUAAAAAAAUUAGAAAAUAUACAUAUUACUCCAGAUUUUCCUAUACGUCAAUAUAAUAAAGCUAAUGGCCGUAUAUUUAAUAAUAUAAAGGAUUUAGAAUAUUGUUUUGAAUCUGGAAGAAAUGUGACGAAAUAUCUUGAAAUAAUUUAUAGAAAAUUCAAGAAUGAAAAAUCACUUUUUAAUGUUCCAGAAAUGUCAAAUAUCAUCGAGUGUUCUGAUAAUUCACCUUUAAAGAAAAUAUUAAAAGAUGAUGAAUGGAAAGAGAUUAAUGAAAAUCAUUCAUUUCAUAUUGAUGUAGACAUUACUAUCUCCAAUUAUUUGAAUCAAUUAGCUGAUUUUUUAUGUGAUGAUAAUAAUAUCAUUAACGAUGAUCGUAAAAUGCCUCGUCCACCUGAUGAUAAUUUACGACAUGUCGAGUUAAAAUUUUAUUAUAAAGCUUUAAUAAAAUUAAGAAUUUUAUGGAGAACACUAAUUUUAUUACCUGAUAGUAAUAUCAGUGAAGGAUCAAAAGAACGUAAAAUCAAUGCGAAAAAGGAAAGGUUGUAUGACGAAAAAAAAUUAGUCUCCAAAUCCGAUAGAGGUCAUCGUGUUGAUUUAAUAAUUAGGAAUAUAUUAAAUAUGGAUCUAAUGGUAAUAGAAGUUGUGGGCCCCCCGCAUCGUAGAAAUAAUAAGAAAAAUCUGUGGGAUUUUAGAAGAGGUAUUAGAUCUUGUAAAGAUUCUUACGAAAAGUUUGUCAAUAAUUUGGUCGAAAAGUACGGAAAAUGGAUAGACAAACAUGUUAUUUAUAAUAUUUAUAAUCAAUUAGAAAUAUAUUAUGUUCAUGUACAUGGAAUGAAAUGGUAUAUUUGGACAGUUGAUCACCCUGGCAAUCAAGUGUAUAGAGCAAGACCUUUAUGUGAAUUUAACAUUCCUUAUAAAAAGAAAGAUACCGAAGAUCUUUACCAAUAUUUAAGAAGGCAUGUCAAUAAUAUCUCUAAAUUUGUUGAAGGACUGUAUGAAUACUUAAAACAAAAGGCGAGAAGCAAUCCAAAUAUAAUACAAGAUACAAAAUUCGCAAAAAUAUUGUUGGAUGGAUGUGCAAUUACGAAUCCUACUCCUUCAAGUAGCCCGAGAGAUCCUCCGCCUGAUUCAAAUAGCACGUCAUCUAUAGAAGAAGCUUUAUCUUCAUACAUAGAAAAAAACAUUGAGGAACUAUCAGAUGCUGAGAAUGAUUGGGAGACGCCUAGAAAUUCUGACUAUGAGCUAGAUUAA